AUGGCACCUCCGGCGCUUCCCGCGAUUGACGCGACGGCUGCGGAAGAGCCUUCGGCGACGGAGCCGUGCCUGGUGGGCACGCAGGUGAUCGAGCUUCCGUCGGAGGUAUUCACUCUAGACGACCCCAGCUCGCUCCUAUCGCUCGACACGUGGUACAACGUGCUUGACGAUGACGACCGCGAGCGCCUCGCGCGCUUCCUGCCGUCGUCGGAGCGCGCGGAUCCGUCGGAGCUUCUCGAGCAUCUGUUUGAGAACUCCGCGUUCCACUUCGGCAGUCCCGUGCAGGCGUUCUGGGGGAAGCUGACGGCGGGGAAGUUCCACCCCGCCGUCGAGCUGCUCGCGCGCAGCGUGCGCGUGCUGCAGCGCAAGCAGCACUACCACGACGUGCGCCGCUAUCACGACGACAUGGCGCGCGGGCUGCGGGACAUGCGCGCCGUCUGGCAGCAGCUGCCCGACGCCGACCUCCCGCAGCGCCUGCAGCUCUGGCGCGAUGUUAAAGCGCACGGCGGGCUGUCGGCGGCGGGCCGCGCGCGGCUCGCGAAGAGCGGGUCGGAGUCGCAGCUCGCGGCAGACGGCGCGAAGCGGAAGGAACCGGAACCGGACGCCGAAGCGGGCAUGGCUUCACGCUGCGACGACAGCGGACGCGCCGCGAAGAGAGCCGCGUUUGAUGAAAAGCCUUUGGAUGCGCAGAUUGCGGCGGGAAGCGAGUUCAAUCACGCGAGUCAGCUCAGUCAACCGAGUCAAAUCAGCCAGCCCAGUCAGCCGAGUCAGCCCGAGGGGGCGGCGGCGGACAUCGGGUUCUCCAUCCGCGCGCUGUUAGCGGCGGCGCGCGACGUGCUGAUGCAGAGCCGCGGGGAGGGCGGCGGGAUCAGCGGCGACGAGGCGACGUUCGCGUGGAUGCAUUCCGCCGACAUCGUGCAGCGCGUGCGCGAGCGCCCGGGCGACCCGCGCGCGCUGCGCCUGUCGCUGCGGUUCGGCGAGCUCGUAAUCACGGCGCUCAAGGUGCUCCAAACCAAGGCGCCGCCCGGCACGCGGCUGUGGAAGCCGUUCGUGCAGUCGCGGCGACAGGGGUCGGAGUGGGCGUGGUGCGGCGCGGUGACGGACGCCAUGGAUCCGAGCCGCCCGGUGAACGCGGACCCGCUGAGCUGGGGAAUCGCGGAGAAGGGGCUUAGUCGGCUGGAGGAGCGGUUCGUGAAGAUGCUGCAGGAUGCCGGCUCGCUGCCGCUCCCGCUGCCUGACGCCGCUGCCGCCCCUGCGAAAGACUCUGCUGCUGGUGCUGCGGGCGCGGGUGGUGGUGUGGGUGGUGCGGGUGCGGGUGUUCCUCCUGCUGAUGCGCCAUCCGCGCCUGCGGAGGGGAAGGGGCGGGCGGUGGUGGGGAAGGCGGAGGAGAGCAGUGGUGUGAGCGGCGCAGUGGCGGGAGGUGGGGGAGAAGGCGCGCGCGCGGCGCCCAAGGACGGCGACGACUCGCCGCACCUGCCCGCACUCUCGCGCUCGCUGGUCAACGAGCCGCGCGCCCCGUUCAGCCAACUCAAGAGCCAGGUGACUCUCGCGCCGGCAUCGGCGCACAUGCGGGCGCUGUUCCAGUGCGAGGAGCGGCUGCGGUACGAGAUCCCCUGCCACGCCUUCCGCUACACCGCCACGGACGGCGGCAAGGCCAUGGUGGCGCCCGUCGUGCGCCACGGCGCCAAGGCGGUAGCUAAAGCGCGCGACCACGCCAUGCUCAAACUGGAGCGGCCCCCGCACGUGACGAUCCUGUCGCUUGUGAGGGAUGCGGCGGCGCGGCUGCCCAACGGGAUUGGGACCCGCGCGGACGUGUGCACGCUGCUAAGGGACUCGCAGUACUUUGUGGCCGAGUCCCCUGAGGCACAGGUGAACCAGAUAGUGAGUGGCGCCAUGGACCGCCUGCACUACGAGCGCGACCCGUGCGUCAAGUAUCUAGCUGACCGCAAGAUGUGGCGCUACCUGCACCGCCACCGCGUGGCACACGACUUCCUGCCCGACGGCACCGUCUCCACGCGCCAGUGGGGCCGCAAGAAGGGCGGCGCGGGGGGAGAGGGUGACGCAGGGGAUGGUGCUGCUGCUGGUGCGGAUGGGGUUGUUGGGGAGGGUGUGGCUGGGGAUGGGGGUGGUGGUGGGGAAGGGGGGGUGGGUGGGUUGGCGGAGAGGGAGUUGAGUGCGGUGGUUGGUACGAUUGGGGGGGUUGAGGGUGGGAGGGGUGGAGAGGAGGGUGUGAGGAGGGAGAGGGGUGGGGGGUUUGGGAGGAAGAGUGGAGAGAAGGAGCAGCAAGGGCAGGUGGUGGGGUUGAGUCAGCAAGGGGAGGUGCAGAGGGGGGUUGGCGGGUUGGAUAAGCAGGCAGCAGCAGCAGGUGCAGCAGCAGGCAGUAGGGCGGGCAGCUUCUGGGCAGCAGCAGCAGCAGCAGCAGCAGCAGAUGCAGGCAACCAUGGUGUUGGUGCUCCCAUGCGGGGAGAUAACUCCCUGGAAUCUGCCAUGCCCGCUGCCUUGAAUGCUGUGGCUGGCGGCUUCGAGAGGAGCAGAUCAAUGUCUCGUGCCACCAGUGACCUGAGACAGCCUCCCCAUCAGCUCCUGCCGCACUCUGGGAUGAUGAAACCGGGUCCUGUUGCGGGGGGGACUCUUGUUUCUGCGGCUGCCUCAUCGCUUGCCGCCUCCUCUCUCGCUGCCACUGCUGCUGCUGCUGUUGCUGCUGCCGCCGCUGCGGCGGCAGCUGCUGGUACCGCCACGGCCAGUCUGAGUCCGCAUGUGGCGGCGCCUGCUGGCACUCGUCAAUCCGUACCUCGCUCCAUGCCUGCUGCUGCUGCUGCUGCUGCUCCCACGCGCCCUGACUUUGUUUCAGGGAGCCGUCCUGGUGGGGGUGCUCAGGCUCUCAACCUCAACACGGGGCAGUUUGAAGCCAUUGCUGGCGGCAGGGGCAGCAGCAGCGUUGGCGGCAGCGGCAGCAGCGGCAUUGGUGGCGGCAAUAGCCUUGCUAGGCCAAGCCAUGGUGUGGGCAUUUCCGGCCAGACAGGUGUAGCUGGCAGCAUGGCAGGGGGCAUGGCAGGGGGCAUGCAAGGAGGUAUGCCAGGGGGUAUGGCAAGGGGUAUGGGAGGAGGCAUGGCAGGAGGCAUGGCAGGGGGGAUGGCAGGAGGCAUGGCAGGAGGCAUGGCAGGAGGCAUGGCAGGAGGCAUGGCAGGAGGCAUGGCAGGAGGCAUGGCAGGAGGCAUGGCAGGGGGUAUGGCAGGCAGCAUGGCAGGCAGCAUGGCAGGGGGUAUGGCAGUGUCGGGUCAGUCUGGCACUGUCAGUUUGCAAGGGGGGGGUUUCUUCCCUGGAGAAGGCAUGUUUGGGGAGGGCAGAGGAGGAGGCAGGCUGCAUGGGCUGGGUGGCAGUACACAGAGCAGGGAGCAGCUGCCCUUUGCUGCGUCCUCUUCCUCCCCUCGUGUGCCUGGUUCUGCCGCUGCCGCUGCACUUGCUGCCAGAGGCGUGCUGUCCCCUGCUGCUGCCGCUGCUUCUAUGAGUGUGUCAGCCGCAGGUGUUAACUUUGAACGGGCUGCAGCGCAUGCAGGAAACAUGGUGCCUUCUCAUGGUAACCGCCUGGUGUCUAGCGAUGGGACGGGUCAUUUUAACCAGAUGAGUGAACCGGGGUUAGGGUUGGGAGGGAAUGAGUCAAUUGGGCAGCCCGAAUUGGACUUUGGGCUCAACAAUUUGUCACAACACAGGAUCCCAUCGGCCAGUACUGGUAUCACCAAGCAGUUCUUUUAG